AUGUCUAUUAAUUUUGAACUUUGGCAAAAUCCUGGAGUCCCGGACCUUACUAUACUUGAAAAGUUAAUCGAGGUGACUACGGCAUGGUUUAAAAAAGCGAGAGAACUGAAUAUAGUGCUCGACAUUAAGGACAAUAAUAUCAAUCAACAGAGCAGAUUGUAUAACGAUAUUAUUAGUAGAAGAGCGAUUUUAUCUUUAAGAGUAAAAAACUAUGCGAGAGAUGUAGAAAGUUAUAUGAAUUCUCUUUCUUCGGGAAGAAUUAAUAUAGGAACCAUUGUGCAAACAUUAAAAUCAUUAUUAAAUGAUGCCGAAAAAAAUGCCGAGAACUCGAACUUAUUGAGGGUAGAAUUCAAUGUGUUUAAAGAAAGUUUUACUCAACUUUAUUCUAACCCGCAAGAAAUUACGAAUGCCAGAGAUGAAGUCAGAUUUCCUAUAAAAGAAAUUACAAAGAUCCUAGCUUGUAGCAUUGUAAUUUUUUAUCUUCCAUCAUGGUCUUCUAUUCCUAUUGUGCGAUCGAUCAGUAGCAUGAGUCUUACAAAUCAACGCGAAGAUUCCGAGAAGGAAUCUGUGCGACCAUCGAAAACGGAUCAGUCUAACAAUGUCAUCCGGCAGUUGAGUACCUCGUCAACGCCACCUAAAACUACAGAAGAGCCUAAGUUGCCACACUUUCUGAAUAUAUUCCUUAAUUAUUUUAAAGAUGAAAAUAAUCAUUUUUCGCCAGGUUCCGGGUCAUUAUUCACUAUGAUUAAUUCCUAUAAUAAUGAUAAGGGUACUUCGAAACAAGGAUCUGAGCCAACGUCACAGGAAACCACAGAUACCUCGAAUUCACCCAUUAAUUCUCUACUUAGUGCACCAGAGUCAGCCGUUAAUAACGUCAAAUCAGGAUUCCUCUUUGGAUCAAUAGGAUCAAUAGUUGAAUCGUUCAGAAACCUCGAUCACGUAUCCUUAAUCAAAGAGAAAACCUUUCCAAUAACCCUUUUUAUUUUAAUAUAUCUUUUUUAUAAGAAGGAUCAAAUAAUAACUCCAACAAUAGCAUGGGCCAAAGACAGACUAUUUUGUGACAAGAAAGAAUUAGUUCAUGAUGAUAAAAUGGUCGAAUUCACUCAAUGCAUCGAUUCCAUCAAGAACAGACUUCCGGCGGUAGACAAUAAUUUAAGCAUUUUGACUGAUUUUUGGAAAUCUCAAGUUGAAAUUAUUAGUAAAAAUCUUGACGAACUAAAACUGUUAAGUGUGGAUAUGGAAGUUCGACUGCCAAGUCAACUAGGCGAUGAAAUAAAACGUACCUGGAGGGAGAUUCAAAAUCAAUGUUCAGUCAAUCAUAAAAACUUAAAUUAUAUUGUUACCGAGAAUUCCUUGUUGAAUCUUGGUGUAAUUAUUAAUUUUUAA